CCCCCACUCUUUCUCUUAGGCUCUCAACUUGAACCCCCUCUCGCUAAAGAUUUACGGACACACCAAAGAGGUAAUGGGACACACUGAAGGAACAGUGAAUAGAUCAAGAUCUAUUGAACACUGAACUCAAGGUUUUGGGUGAAAUGGUUGACGGACGAUGAUCUCUGACCUAGCCUGGAUCUAGUACACGCAGUCUAAAAUGUAGAUUUGGGAAUGCCAAUUUGUACACUCAAGGCUAAAACGUCGUUUACUUUCAUUAGGUUUGAUCCAAUUGGUUAUAUGAUUUUUAAAAGAAAAAUAAACCCGAACUGAUUAUUAUGGUAUAAAAUAGAGUCUACUUAAUAAAAAAUAAAAAUGAAAAAUUUGGUUUUAGAAACAAUUUACAGAGGAACAAGCUAUCAGAGCUCAAGUUAAGCUCAUUCUUUUACAGCACUGGUAAAACUUGCCAGGUACAUCACUCCCGUUUCUCGUUUCUUUCUGCUUUCUGUUUGUUUCUUCACGCUGUCUGAGGCCUGGCUAGAUUUUCUAUUUGGGCACAGCCGGUAAAUCGUUAUGGGGAAAAGAAAAGUCCAAAACAAGCCGUCUCAAACGGCUCCAAGCGCAGAAGGGGGUGAAGAUAAAAAAGAAGAAUCGAAAACGAAAGGGAAAAAGACAUAUUCCUUACAGCAACAGAAAGGUGCUGCAGCCCAGAGUGGAGAUGCGGAGACAAGUGAACUUCCUAAGGUGCGUCUGCCAGACAAGCUGGAGAGUGCCCUGAUUGAGCAGAUCGGCGAGGAGCAGAGGUCACGACAAGGUCAGAGAGACGUGAGCAAACGGUUGACCUCCAAGAAACUCACUGAUGUGUACGACAGUUUGUUGGGCACUGGCUUCUCCCGCACCCAGGUGGAGGCCGCCAUGUCCAACUGCAUCAUGGGAGGAGGGGAUCUCAUCGACGCUCUCGACUGGCUUUGUCUCAACACUCAGAACGACCAGCUCCCCGCAGGCUUCUCUGAGACUCUUCAGAAGGAAGAGGAGAAGAGGAGGCCAAAGUUUGAUCUGUCGCUUCAUGAGGAGAAAGACCUGAGGCUGGUGGCUUCGCAGGACAGUGGGGGAGAGAAAGGAGAGACGUCUAGUGGUGGGAAAUCGACUCGGUCGGAGACACCCUCUGCCAAAACAGACAAAGGAGGAGGAGGCGGAGGAAUGAAAAACUGGAUCCUCCAGUACGCAGAACAAAGCUCGGAGGAGGAGGAGGAGGAGGAAGAUGAGGGAGGGGACGCGUCUUCCUUUAACCCGACAAAGCGUUAUGCUGACCUUCACCGUCAGCUACAGGAAGUGAAGAGCCAGGCAGCCAUUGCGAAGAGUUCUGGAGCCACAGAGAAGCAUAAGACUCUGUCAAAACAACUGAAAGAGAUGCACAUAGGUACAACACGGAUGAUGAUUUUUUCUUUCGUGUGAUUAUCACAGAAUCCG